AUGGCGCCCAAGCCCUCCAAGGUCACCCUGAACCUCACCCACCUACCCAACAAACGCGAGGUGAAGGCCCAAUGGCCGCGCUCGCCUUCCCGCGUUGAUCCCAACAACCCUCCGUGGCCUGCGUACCGCGGUUAUCACGAGUACUCUUUUGCUUACGAGACCAUGGGCAAGCGCCUCCCCACCAUUCUCGGCAAGGCGAUCCAAGAUACCAUCCAGACAUUGAACGAGCAGUCCGCAGAAGAUCGGGUCGUCGACCUCGUAGAGUGCAUCGAUCGCAUGGACGAACUCAUGACGGACCUAUCUGGCAAUGCCAAGCUUCGCCCUAUCGUUGAUGACGGCGAAGGCGAUAUUCCUUUGUGGAACAAGGAAAUCGCCAAGUUCUUUCAAGGGAAGGAUUUCAUGAACGCACCGUGGUUGUUCGCGGAAGCAUACAAGUACCGCCGACUUCAUGAAUGCUUCAGCAUCAGUAAAUAUUGGAAGGAUUACGACGUCUUCUACCGUCAGAAGUGCGAUACGUUUUCCCGAUCGUCCGAUGCCGUCUUCGAGUUGUCCACUCGUUUCGCGGAGCCUUUCAAGUUGAAAGAUGGGCUUUCGGACGACGAAAGGCUGGAGACCAUGAAGCUCAUGUUCCUCGAGUUAACACAGAUUUGUCUGUGGGGUAACUCGACCGACCUAUCGCUGUUGAUCAACAUGACCGAAGAACAGAUCAAGGCGUUACAAUCCACAGGAGGCGAGCACCUUGCAGACACAGAGAAGAACAUUCUCGGCAACCACCUCCCGAAACUGUGGGACGCGGUUAAGGAUCUCCGGCACAAGACGGGAGCACGCAUCGAUUUCGUGCUCGAUAACGCCGGGUUUGAACUCUACUGUGACAUGGUCUAUGCCGACUUCUUAAUCCAGAGCGGCUUAGCUAAUCAAAUCCGCUUCCACGGCAAGCGCUUUGCGUGGUUCGUAUCGGACGUCACGAAGAAAGACUGGGAUUGGUUGCUUAACACCAUGUGCUAUGGGCAUCUUUUCCCAAAGGCCACCGAGCAAGAAAUGAGCUCCUUGCGGCGCCUUGGCCAGCGCUGGAAGCAGUACGAGAAAGAAGGGAAGUGGGUGUAUGAGCAACAUCCGUUCUGGUGCACAGGAUACACAUUCUGGGACCUCCAUUCGGAAUCGCCGGAUCUCUUCCUACACCUCUCACGUUCUGACCUCGUGUAUUUCAAGGGUGAUUUGAACCACCGCAAAUUGACAUACGAUUGCGCAGCUCCGGCGUCGACGCCGUUCGACAUCGCCAUCGGGCCGAUGGCGAGCUCGGCGGGUGCCCCAAAAAUAUGCUCCUUGCGAACCAUCAAGAGCGAUGUCGUCGUCGGCCUUGAAAGCGACGAAAUCGCUGAGCAUCUCGACAAGAACGAACCUGGUUGGAGGAUCAGUGGGAAAUACGCCGUUGUUCUGCUGUCGGAUGGUCGCCCUGGGGAGAAAGUGAAGUUCGCAUGAGGAGAAACUGGCAUGAAGGGAGAAAAAUUGAUGUUGUAAAUUGUCAUAUUGCUGGCCAUGGUCGAUCCGUCGUAAUUCCACAGUAGUAGGUUGGAGAUUUGAGCAUCAAUUCCG